GGGAGAUCCUUUUUCAAGGUCACCGGUCGACCUUCGCAGAAACUUUCACGUUGUUAUGAGUUCACUUCGUGCUUUACUAUUUCACCUUUUCAUAUGGGAUUAUAGUGGUUAAAUAAUGUGGAAAUACUGGUCAUAUUUUGGUAAAGUAUUGGUUAAAUAACGGAAAAUGCUUGUUCAUUAAUGUAACCACUCUUGGUGAAUAUCAUGACAAGCAACUUAAAUUCUUUGUAUACCGAAGCAGCGUAUUUAGUUUGUCUUGUUAAAGGAGGAGUUUGUCGACUGAAAACUGGUUUAUACAAUAAUAACUUUAAAUAUGAUCUACGUAAAAUUUAUGCAUUAGCCUCAAAAACACUCAAUUCUUAUGGAAAUCUACUAAAAACUUUACAAAAAGCUAAUCUUCAACUAUCGGAGAAAUGUAUUCACUUAUCUACAAAAGAUUAUGCAAAAAAUGGCAAUAAUACUGCUGACUGCCAACCACAUUCUUGUAGACAAUGUCAUUUUAUCACUCUGGUCCAUGACGUGCUUAAAGGACCAAAACAUUCUCAUCGUUUCUUACUUGGUCAACUUCAUGAAUUCACUAAAGAUCAUUUGGCGGUGAAAAAGCUUCGUCAUGCGUAUAAACUGGUCGGCAAAUCGCCUGUUGUACAGAAUAAAAAACAGAAAAAUGCAAAAGAAUUGCUCCCAUGCUAUGCACGUGUCAAUCUUUUAAAGACUACACUGUCUAGUGUUUUAAAACACCUGGUGAAAUCGGGUUUCGAUCAUAUAGAAUAUAGUCAAUCGGAUAUUUCAUACAGAAAAUUUCGUAAAUAUGUUCGUCGACUUAAACCUAAUCAAUUUAUGCUGGAUUAUCAUCUUCCGCAUAUACUGCUAGUCUUCCCAUCUGGUACUUCACUGCAUGAAUUGGAAUUAUACAAAUCGCAUUGUAUUCUUAUUCAAGAUAAGGCUAGUUGUUUCAGUGCAGAGAUACUUCAACCAAAUCCUGAAGCAGAUGUUAUCGAUGCUUGUGCUGCUCCAGGGAAUAAAACACUUCAAUUAGUCUCAAUGUUAUCUAAUCAGGCGACAAUUUUCGCUAUUGAUCGUGAUCCAAACAGAUUUCGUCGCCUUUCAGAUAAUCUUACUUCUUGUGGAGUAGAUCGUUUAUCUGUAGUGGAUGAUAUGUUCUCUUCAACUACAACUGAACAUCAAAAUAAUACUCAAAGUUCACAACCAUCUGUUCAAGCUUAUCUUGCAGAUUUUCUUUCUCUCGAUCCGUAUGAUCCACAAUUUUCAAAUGUUCAAUCUAUUCUCCUUGACCCGUCAUGUAGUGGAUCUGGUCUAUCAUUUCGUCAACCGGAUGGUCAAUAUUCUGAAGAAUUGCAGAACCGUAAACCAACUGGUUGUAAUGAUGAUGAUGUCUAUAAUGAAGAAUAUUCAUCUCGGUUGAAACGAUUGUCUAAUCUUCAAGCUUUACUAUUAAAACAUGCUUUGAAUUUCCCGAAUGUUCAACGUGUGGUCUAUUCAACGUGUUCAGUUCAUCCAGAAGAGAAUGAAGCAGUUGUACGUGAAAAUGCUGAUCGAGUAUCUGACAAAUUUUAUUUAGAAACAAUUUGGCCUAACACAUCAUCCAAUGUUUCGUCAGAUAGUGUUACUGUUACUACUACUUCUCCAGCUUGGAAACGUCGUGGCCUUUCUGACAAAAAAUAUCAAUGUGAAUCGUGUAUACGAUCGUCUGAGGAAGAUUUAACAACUGGAUUCUUUGUUGCCUUAUUUGUAAGGCGAAAGAUCGAUAAGCCUUUGAAAAAAGGUUCAUCCUCACAGUCGCUAACAGCAUCACCAUCAACGACAACAACAACAACGAAAACCCGGACAGUCAAAAGAACUCCUGUAAACUGUCAGUCAUCCUUCACUACUGCUGAUGAAAAUAAUAGUAAUAAUGAUGACAACAAGGCAGAAAAAGAACAGAAGUCUAUUGAUGAUAAGAAGGAGGAGACGUUUACAUUUAAAGUGAGAAAAAAGUGUAGAAAAAUACAGGACUGAUCUUAUAUAACGCCAUAUUCUGUACAUAUUUUCAUACAUAUUUUCAUACAUAUAUGUAUAUAUAUAAUCACUAAAUACAGCAUUUCCGACAAUGAA